UACAUUCAGCGAGUUUGCUCAGUUUACAGAUAAACGUUAAUCGGUCAACAUGUACCAUUUUGCGAUUAUUUUCGCCCUCCUACUCACAGCUGUCGUUCACUUCUGUGUAAAACGACGCAAAAUGCAAUCAUUUGCGAAACAUUUCCCCGGACAAACACCACGCUUCCUACUGGGCAACAUGUUGGAUUUUGAUACCGAUAUUCCGGGAAUUUUUCGAAAAAUGAUUCAAUUUCACGAAGAUCAUGGUCCGGAUAUAGCGACCCGUGGUGUGGGAAACUACGUGAUGCUGAACCUGACCAGUGCCAGUGCAGUGGAGAAGGUGUUGAUGGCAAAAACCACCCAGAAGUCUUUGCUUUACGAAAUGAUCGAGCCCUGGCUCGGCAAGGGAUUGCUAAUAUCGUCCGGAGAAAAGUGGUUCCAUAGGCGGAAAAUCAUUACUCCAACCUUUCACUUCAAGAUUUUGGAAGGAUUCGCUGAGGUUUUCAAUCGGGAGACAGAAGUUCUGAUGGACAAGCUGAGGAAACAUGAUGGACAGGAUGAGUUCGACAUCUAUGAUUAUAUUUCGUUGCAUGCGCUGGAUAGCAUCUGCGAAACUUCGAUGGGUGUUCGCAUCAACGCGCAAAAUGACCCAAACAAUCAGUAUGUACGCGAUGUGAAAAGAAUGACGGAGCUUAUCUUGCUUAGGAUUUUCCACAUGGUGAACACAUAUCCCAAAGUGUACUGGUAUUUGAUGCCAAGAGCGUGGGAACAGAGAAGAAUCAUUCGACGAUUGCACCAGUUUACGGAUUCGGUAAUUCAGAAACGACGCGAGCAGCUCAUAGAGCAAAAUCAGCUUGAAACCGUAAAAUUUGAUCUAGACAAUGAAAAUGUGUACUCCAAGCGAAAGCACACUUUCUUGGACUUGCUACUGAGUGUCACCGUUGAUGGUAAACCUCUAUCAAACAUCGAUAUCCGAGAAGAGGUAGACACUUUCAUGUUCGAAGGGCAUGAUACAACUACGUCUGGAAUUGCUUUCACCAUAUUGCAGUUGGCAAAGCAUCAAGAUAUUCAAACUAGACUCCAUCAGGAAAUUGUGUCCAUUUUGGGGAAUACGGAUUGCCAGACGACUCCUCUUACGUAUAACAAUAUUCAGGAAUUCAAAUACCUAGAUAUGGUGGUCAAGGAGUCCUUACGAUUGCUCCCACCAGUGUCAUUCAUCGGUCGUCAGCUGGUGGAAGACACAGAAAUCAAUGGUGUCAUCAUACCGGCCGGUGUGGAUGUUACUGUUCCCAUAUAUGUGGUGCAUCGCAACCCGAAGGUGUUUCCCGAUCCCGAACGCUUCGAUCCAGAACGGUUUGCCGAUGGUGCCGACAAUUUGCGAGGGCCGUACGACUACAUUCCUUUCAGUGUGGGUGCUCGGAAUUGUAUUGGCCAGCGAUACGCGCUGAUGGAGCUGAAGGUGACCAUUGUCCGGUUGAUUGCGCAUUACCGUGUGUUGCCCGGGGAAUCAGUUCCCAAUAUAAGGCUGAAAACGGAUUUGGUGCUUCGUCCGGAAGGAGGAAUACCGAUCAAAAUUGUAUCGCGAGACUGAACUAUUAGGUUUUUCAAAUAAAUAGUGUGAAUCUGUAUUUUUUUGUUGUUGAAAAA